GUAUUCACAAAAAUCUCCAUCACCGAAGCGAUCAUAAAAUUUAUAAAUUUUAAAUUCAGAUACAUUUAAGAAAAAUAAACUGAAAAAAAUGGCUGGUGGCAAAGCUGGUAAAGAUUCAGGAAAAGCUAAAGCAAAAGCAGUUUCGCGUUCAGCUCGAGCAGGAUUACAGUUUCCUGUCGGACGUAUCCAUCGUCAUUUAAAGAAUCGUACAACGAGUCAUGGGCGUGUUGGUGCAACUGCUGCUGUCUAUUCUGCUGCUAUAUUAGAAUAUCUCACAGCCGAGGUUCUUGAAUUGGCAGGAAACGCGUCAAAGGAUUUGAAGGUCAAACGUAUUACACCACGUCAUUUGCAGCUUGCCAUUCGUGGAGACGAGGAACUUGAUAGCUUGAUUAAAGCUACAAUUGCUGGAGGUGGUGUCAUUCCUCACAUCCACAAGUCGCUUAUUGGAAAGAAAGGAGGACCUGAAUAAGUUACUCUCUUCUUGUAUGAAAUCACUCUUUCGUUCAUGAUUUUAUAACUUUUUCUUCAUGAUUAAAAAAACAACUUAACGAUAAAUAAAUAUAAUAGACUUAAAUCAGCGAAAACUUUGAGAAAAAUAUCAGAUAAAUAAUAUCUGCAAAUCAAUUAAGAUUUAUGUUUUUCCCUUAAGUUUUAGCUUGGAACUUGAAAACAAUCCUACAUUUUUGAAACGACGCAUUCAUGAGAGUAAAAUAGAAAUAAGAGGUUCAGUUUUUUUAAUAUUAAUUUAGUUCAGAGUUUUUAGUAUAUAAGAAAUAUUUUCAUUCAGUCUACUUUUUUUUCUUUACUUCAAUGAAAAUGAGUCUUUGAUUCAUGUUAUUUUCAAAUCUUUAUAAUUAAUAUGACUUAGAUUAUAAAAGAAGUGUAGUUUUUAAUAAAUAAAAAGGAAGUGAAAAGAAAUA